AGCAGCUGUUCACACUCAGCAAUUAGCUCUGAGGAUCAGAUAAAGCUCCUCCUGCAGGUCAGUUUCCAUGUCACAGCUUUCUCACCUUUGGCUUGUCUGGUUGGGUCAUCUGCAUCAGAAUGAGGUUUCUAUGGAUUUCUUGUCUGCUCAUUGGAAGCAUCUCCUGUUUUCCUCAAGGAGACUGGGGAAAUUAUGCACCCAUGUUUUCAUCCUCUGGACAAGCUCCAACUUAUGAAAAACCUUCUGGACAGUCCACUGGAUAUUUUCCAAGUGGAAUGUACUCUACUGGAGGUAAUGUGUCUUUUUCUAAUGAUCAAACUUUUAGAGCAGAUAUUGGUGACUUAUCUCCUUCAGGCAGUGGAAGUCCUCCCAUGUGGUACUCUGCUUCCUAUCCUGAACAAGAGCCAGUCAAGCCAACUUAUCAGAGACCAGCACAGUCCAGUGGUCAUGGCAGCUACGGUGGUGUUGACAGCAGCUACUCUGGUUCUGGAUCUCAACAGUCUGGUUCCCAGGGCUCUCAGUCUGGAGCUCCAGGCAGCCAGCACCAGGUUGAACAGGAGAGCUGGAGCUCCUCAUCUAACGACGAGGAAGAGCCAGAGUUUACUCCAGUGAGCGAGGAGGAUCAAGUGUACGCUUCCAAGACUCGCUCUCGCUACAACCAGAAACGGCUGCUGUUCAGUCAGUUCCGCUACACCCCAACAGAACCCCGUGUUCCUCAAGAACCAGUGUUCCCGUACCCCAGCAAGUCUCAUCAGGGCAAAGGUUCAGCCAAAGGAAGCCGCUAGGAUCUGAGGGCCACUCGUGCUCUUUGCAGCUACUUGGAGAGCAAAUGUUUUCUACAGCAGCUUGUGGUUCUAGAGUUUGCCUCAAUAAAGAACUUGGGACUUAA